GUGAUCACAUUACUCAUAUAAUCGUACGUGAAAAACGUGAUCGCAUGUAGUUUAUUUAGCCGAGUGAAUGAGCUAUUUAAACAAAACCGAAAGAUUUUCCAUCUGUAGGACUUGUUUGGAGAAUCACAAAGGAAACGGUGCUGCAGAUGUACUGUGUAGGAGUUUGUUCAUCCUAGAGGUGAUCCGCGUCAGAGAGGGCGGGGCCGAUGAGCAGGUAGACAGGUUGCAGUUUAUCAAGAGGAAGAGUUUAGCUAUUAAUUAAUCACGAGGACGCGACGUGAACGCGCAGGUCGUGACCGCGCAAUAGCAACAAUUAGGUUUUGGAAAACCUGUCGCGUCGGUUUGGGACCAGGAAAGGAACCGGUUUUCUUCAGGAGCAUUCCGAAGACAAGUUUCAGUGACAAGGAAAAGCCAGUCAUCACAGAGCUUGAGUUAAAACGAGGGGAAGUUUCUGCUGGUGAUGCUGGAAGUCUGCGGUUGAGGCAGUGCAGAAGUGUUCAGUGUUGUCUUGAAGAAAGGACUAGAAGCAGAUCUUAAAAGAUGGCCAACUUCAAAGGACAUGCACUACCUGGCACUUUCUUCUUGCUGUUUGGUUUCUGGUGGUCUGUGAAAUAUCCACUGCGACACAGCUGGAAGAAGAGACAGCAUGGCACAAGGCAAAGUCUGCCUCUGUUCUUUAACAGGAUAGACCUCAUUGAGGGGAGCCUAAAGAUCUUUUUUGCUUUUGUUGGCAUCAUGGCAGAGCAGUUUGUACCUGAUGGACCUCAUGCUCACCUUUAUAAUGGGGGGUGGGUGAAACUAAUGAACUGGCAACACAGCACCAUGUACCUCUUCUAUGGCAUCUCUGGCAUUGCAGAUGUUCUCAGCAUGUCCUCACUUCCUGUCCCAGUUGGACUUGACCGACUUGGCCUCUCUCUUGCACUCUUUGUAGAAGGGUUCCUUUUCUAUUUCCAUGUACACAAUCGGCCUGCUCUGGACCAGCACAUUCACUCGUUGCUGCUAGUGGCUGUAUUUGGUGGUGCAGCCAGCACAAUGCUUGAGAUCUUCCUGAGGGAUAAUGCUAUGCUUGAGGUGUUCAGGUGCAGUGUGGCUAUUCUGCAAGGAACCUGGUUCUAUCAGAUUGGUUUCGUGUUGUAUCCUCUAAAUGGAAAAGAGUGGGACCAGAGUGACCAUGGCAACAUCAUGUUUAUUACUAUGUGCUACUGUUGGCAUUACGUAGUAGCUUUGUUGAUUGUGGGUGUGAACUACAGCGUGGUGUGGUGGAUCACAAACAGGUACGGACAGAGGCAGAGGACGGAUUUAGAAAUCAGUCUCCGGAAAACCAUUCACUUGGAUUCUAGUUCCCAGAAGGCUUUGCUCCAGGAAUCAGAUGAAGAAUAGACUUACUAGCAUGCCAAGAUUUCAGCUGAUAUCAGUGGGUGCAGUAGGGAUGUGAGCAGGAGUUUUUAAAUUACACUCCUGCAGGAAUUCUGACCAAUCCUGCUAACUUCUACAAUUUUGUUUGUACUCACCUGCAAUAUUUUUCUACCUAGUUGCGAUGCUCACCAGGAUAAAGCAGUUAUUGUACAUGAAUACAUAAAUGAAUACCCUGCUGCAUUCUCUAUGCUCCCAUGUAAGUCCUACAACCUUCAUAUUUCACUACCUUGUUCCUGCCAGCAUGAGGGUAAACACUAUCCAUGCUUUAUUUUUUUGGUGGAUCCCAUGGCAUCCCAGUCCCAAUUAACAUCACUAGAAACAAUGUUCUCAAUUUUUUUGCAGCCAGGAACCCUUUAACUUUUAAAUAAAUUUCACAGACCUCCUCAAGUGAACAUAAUCCAAAUAUUAGGAUUAUCAUUAAAUGAGUAAAAUUAUAUCGAGGACCUUCUAUUUAUUGGCACCAUAGAGCUUUUUAUUCCUGAACUUUCCACCAACACAUUAGGUCCAAUUAUUUAUAGGUUAACUUAUUGAAGUUCAUAUUAAACCCAUUCAAUUCAAGUGACUAGCCAAAUAAGCUAAUAAUUAUAAGAACUCUAUGAUAGAAUAAUUUUGAUAAUGGUUGGUUGUGAUUUCCAUCACUGUUAAAAAACAAAACAAAAACCCACCAUGGGGGUCCCUGUACCUCACUUUGAGAACCACUGCUUUAGUAUAGUUAGAAACAAUGCAUACCUAAUACAUAACUAAUUAAAAGAUGAACUGCUUUAUCCAAUGUUAUUCAAAUGAUCUAUAUGUUCAUAAUGAACAAAUCAAUCAUCAGAAGGCUUUCCUGUAAGUUAAAGCCAUAAUAAUGUAUCUCAAAAAAAAAAAAACUAUGUGAGAAAACUGUCAGUGCCUAGAAGCAUUAUUUCACUGAACCUGUGAAUAAAAAAUGGAUUUUUUUCUAA